UGUAUAUUGUCGUGAAAUUAAUGUUUCAACUAUUACCUGGAAUAUGAGGUUUUUUCUCAUUUUUUUAUUGUUUGGUGUUUGUGUGGCAAAGAAAGGAAUUGAAUUUGAGACGACAGAAGUUACAUAUCUAGAUCCACAAUAUGGAACAGCAACAUGUUCAUCGAAUAAAUUCAACGCAACUACAUUUCUCAUAAACGUGAGGAUGAAUUUAACAAAAGACAUUCCUACGGAUGCCAUGCUAGCUGUGGAUAUUUACAAACUAUCAGACAACACUUACAAAAAAACAGCUCUAUCAAUGAAGAGAAAACUAUGUCAGUUUAUGGAAUCAGGAGAGUUCAAAAUGAUGUGGUCUUCCUAUAUGGAUGAGAGAUUCAACAUCCCAAAGAAAUGUCCAUUUUCUAGAGGAUAUUAUAAAGCUGUAGAUAUAGAUCCAAACAGAUUGGUGACGAAUGAGCUAUUCAACUUUCUACCAUCAUGGGAUAUCAAAGUUGAAGUAGCAAUUACUAGCAAAAAUGUACCAAUAAUGAAUCUCAAAAUACGCUUUAAAGUGGUUGAUGGGUAUUGAUCUUAUGAAUUGAUAUAAAAUUAAUUAUUGUACCCAUUGUCUAGCCUUAUUUGAUCUUUUCAAAUAUACCAUUAGCAACAAAAUAUAAUGAUGGAAAGUAAUGCAUUUUUUCAAGGGUAUAGAGGAAGGAGAAGUAAA